CAGCUGGCGGCUGGAGGCGUUUGCAUCGGGAGUGGGUCUCAGCUGGAGCCGCAGGCCAGAGCUUUCGCGGCUCCCCUCCGGCCCAGUGGUGGCGGGGACUCGAGCUACUGGGGCCCAAGCCCCGCGCCCGCCAGUCAUGGUGGGUCACCUGCAUCUGCAGGCCAUGGGGGACACGAGGGAGCAGAGCCGCGACGGCUUGCUGGACAGUCCCGACUCGGGACUGCCCCCGAGUCCCAGUCCUAGCCCUCCCUUCUACGCCCUGGACGCCCGUGCCACCACCGAGCACCCAGGACCCAAUGAGGCACCAGCGGCCACUUCCCUCUUCCAAAGUCCCCCAGCCCCGGAGAUGAGGCCCCGUCUGCUGCCUGUGUUCUUUGGGGAGAGCAUCAAGGUGGACCCAGAACCUGCGCAUGAAAUCCGCUGCAACUCCGAGGUCACCUAUGCCUCAGAGAGGUACUUCCGCGACAAGAUCUUCUACGCUCCAGUGCCCACGGUCACCGCCUACAGUGAGACCAUAGUGGCGACACCCAACUGUACGUGGCGCAGCUACCGCAGCCAGCUGACCUUGGAGCCCCGCCCACGCGCCCUGCGGUUCGGGAGCACCGCAAUCAUCUUCCCCAAGCUGGCCCGCAACUCCUUCCGCACCACCCUGCACUGCAGCCUCGGCCAGCCGCGCCACUGGUUCUCCUCCAGCCUCCAGCUGCAACGGUGCGGUGCGGGGACCCUGUGUUCGGUUCCCACAGCCCUGACGCAGUCUGAGGAACCAGGUGGCAGAGGAGGAGCCGGGUCUGGGAGAGGUCCCAGAAAGACGGACAGAUGGGCAGAGGCUCGGCCUGGAACCUGGGCCCCAGGAGACACAGAGCUCUGUGGCCUGAACGAACGAGUAUGAGGCCGCUUCUGGAAGCCUGUUCCCACCACAGGCUGGGCUGGCUGUGCCUGAGCUCCGGCCUGGAGGAUUUGGGAAACGCUUCUUUCAUUACUUUUCAUAGCUACCAGGUUGUAUGGCUUCAAGAGCAGGGCCAGGCAUGUCCUGGUGUGCCCUCAAAGCAGAGACAGCCCUGUGUACCCAGGACACAGGGGACCCAGCCUCAGAAGUGGCCAGGCUCCCAACCUCAUUCUCAGAGGCUCACUUCCAAAACAGGCAUUCGAACGUGCUCGUCUCAGCCUGAGAACCCAGGUGAGGAGGGCCGAGCUAGCAAAGUCUGUGGCCUCAGACUGCCCAGAGCACAUCCUCUGCUGUGGAGGGCCUAGCCCUACAGGGCAGUCCCAAGUGUCCCCACAAGACACUUUUUGGCAGGUGCCCACUUCAGAGGCAAUGAUGGGACAUGGCCAACACCUGCCCAUGGCCGACUCUAGCCCUGCCGUAGACUCGAGAGGACCUGCGGUGGCUUCCCUUGGCCUCCUGCUCUCACCCAGGAUGGAGCCUACAGUGACACCUCAGUUUCUGAGCUUCACCCUUGUAUUUAUGGCGUUGUGAAGGAGAGCCAUUGUUUUGGCUCUUGCCAAAACGUGGUGCUGUCCCGUGAUGCCCAGGCUAAAGUGACUCACCCACAAGUCUACUUAGAGGUGGAGACGUCCUUUUGGCCUGGUUUCCAGUAACUGGAAACCUGCCUGCUGUCCCCAUGGUGGGCCAGGGGAGGGAAGGGACACUUUUUGUUGGGCGAAUAGGAACCAAAUGACUGAUAGAUUCCCAUCUAUCUAUAUAGCUUAUCAGAGGUGUCUUCCGGUUGAACGAUGUUAAGAAUUGGUGAAUUACCUUAAUAAAACAUAUACACAGA